UCGUUUGAAAAUCCGAUGGCAUACAGACAAAAACCUGGUGAAACUUCUAAACAAUGCCGAAAGAGGCUGCUUGCUAGAGAAAGACAGAAGCAUUACAAACUGGAAUUGGAUGUUGCUAUUAUUAUAACUAACGCUGUUGAUAAUAAUAUUAUAUCAGAAACUGAUACUAAGGUUCAGGUUAAUCAAGAACAUUAUGAACUGGAAAGGAUGGAUUAG